UUGAUGCUAAGCAAGCUAAACUUUGUUUUGCUACUGCUGGCGAGACAGUGGCCAUUACGCCCAAAACAAAGAAAAGCGAUGGCGAUACAGAUAGAGUGGACAAUGAGGCCGAGGGAAGUGAAAAUGAUUGUCAAACUACUUUAAAAUGUGUCAAUGAAACCGUUUCAAGCGUAAUGUGUAAGCUACAACGCAGGUACAGAUGUGCAGUGAUGGAAAGAAAACCAUUAACUUUCUUUAAAGUCCUUAAAACCCCUUGUUGUCGUUGAUUCUCGUUGCUACGAGAAAAUCCGAAAUGAUUAUUACUUUUACAUUCAUUAUUUCUUACUUUAGAUGAUUCCCAAAGCUUUGACGACAAUUUCGACACUAUACGCGUGCAUGCACCAGACCUAAAAGACUGUAAUUCGGAGAAAUCGUGCCUGCAGAUGAAAGGACCACAGCAGCCGCUACUGAAGAGUUACGACCCCAAGAAAAUGGGAAACGAAUCGUUUACUAGAGAUUUCAAUCCUGAAUGGUAUAAGCGACAUCCCUGGCUCUCAUACGACGUCAGUAGUAAGAAAGCGAACUGCUUUCCUUGCCAGAUGUACAUGAAGGGAAAAGAUUCCUUUUCAUUUGACAACUGGAAAAAGCCGGAACGGUUAGCAAAACAUCAUAAGAGCGAGAAGCAUCAAACGGCCAUGGAAAUGUGUAUGUCCAGUAGAACAAACAAGAAGCAUAAUUCCUCAGUACUAAGCCUACUACACGAAGAUCAUAAGCAGUCCGUGAAAGAAAAUAGGGACUACCUUAGAGUACUCAUUGAGAGUCUUAUGUACACAGCGCAACAAAACGUUGCACAACGUGGACACGAAGAAGAGCGAGUUAACCUAGAUAAAAGCAGCGAUGUUAACCGUGGAAACUUUUUAGAACAUAUUAGUUUGAGGUGUAAGGACAUACCUUGGCUUGGUUCUAAACUAGAUCAACAGCUUAAAAAACAUGCGCAGUGGACAUCGCCCGCCAUACAAAAUGAAUUACUCGAAAUUACUGCUGAUCUUGUGAAAGAGCGCAUUGUCAACGACGUUAAAUCUAGUGGAUGGUAUAGUAUCAUUAUAGAUGAAACGUCGGACAUCAGCAAAAUUGAGCAAGUUUCACUCUGUCUGAGUUAUUGCAUAAAUGGAAUAAAGAAGGAAGCAUUCAUGGGAUUCUAUGCGACCAAGUCAACUGAAGGCGAGGUUUUAUAUGAACUUGUGAAAGACACUAUUACCAAACUAAACUUAGAUUUGAAGAAUAUAGUUGGUAAAGCAUUUGACGGUGCUGCAAAUAUGAAUGGUAUUCAUAAAGGACUCUCGACUAGAAUGAAAGAAUGCUCCCCUCAGAGCAUAUACGUCCAUUGUUACGGACAUCUUCUCAACCUAGCCCUUCAGGAUACCAUGACAGAAGUGGAGCCAUUGCAUAAUGCCUUGGGCAACAUCCAGGCCAUCCACAAUUUCAUUGAAGGAAGCCCUAAGCGUCACGCGUUAUUUAGUGACAUUGAAGUUGAAGACGAAAAGUACAAACAAACACUAAAGUCAUCAAGUGUUACGCGAUGGUCCUGUCACUGGGAAGCGGUAAAAGCUGUCUAUAACCAAAUGGAGAGAAUUGUUAAAAUGCUUCUCAAAUUGUCUUCAGAUAAAGAUCCUAAGACUUACAGGGACAGCAGAUCAUUAUUAACAUCUUUGUGCGACAUGAAUUUCAUAUUUGGUUUAUGUGUGCUCAGAAUAAUUCUAAGAAAUACAAAUAGUUUGAGUCAGUAUCUUCAAGGAAAAGAAGUUGAUGUUCUGUCAGCGCGAAGAAUAUCCAGCACGACCAUAGAGACACUACGUUGUUGCAGAAGUGAGCAAAAUUUUGACCUUGUUUGGCAAAUGGCAUCAUUAAUGGGUCUAAAGAUGAAGUCUUGGUUGGGAAAUUCGUUGUUUAAGGUACGAGAGGCAACAGUACCACGCCAUAAGACAUCGCGACGCCUACAGGCCCUUGUGGGUGAAUCACCCGGAGAUCGCAUUCAGGUGACACCAGAAUCUCAUCAAAGAAUCAACACAUAUUACCUGUCUAUCGACAAAAUAGUUUCCGAGCUUGAAGUGCGAUUCAGCGGAAAUGAUCAGCAAAUACUUUACGCCCUUGGUGAUGUCUGCCAAAGUGAAACCCCCAAAAUGGAGAGCUUCACCACAGUUGCUGAAUUUUAUGGUAUGGAUGAAGAGAUUCUACAGGUAGAACAGAAAAUGUUCAUCACGUUUUGUCUUAAGCGUGGAUUACCCGAAGGAAAGAAACUUUCAAAAGUUCUUGGAUUCAUGCAAGAGAACCACUUAUUUGAAAUGCUUCCACAGUUUACUCAAGUAAUGAUAAUACUUGCAGUCAUACCAGCCACAUCAUGUUCCGCAGAACGUUCAUUCAGUGCCCUUCGCCGAUUGAAAACAUACCUCCGCAAUACGAUGAGUCAAACGCGGGUGAACAGCAUCGUACUGAUUAACAUAGAGAGGGCCUAUGCAAACGCUGUGAUGAGUAAUGAGAUUGACCGCAUUAUUGACAUAUUUGGCAGCAGAAAGGGAAGAAACAGCUACUUUUUUUGA